CUCUUCUUCUCUGUCCGCUUACCCUAACAUUUGUGAACAACGUUCGCUCCAAUCCUCCUAAUCAGACGAUCAGAUCUUAGAGGGACAACGAAGUCAUCGAGUUCUGGAGAUUAGGGUCCCCCAAUGGCCAAUUGUACUGGCCAUUGGCCGUCUGGUUGCUGGUUCUAAUUUCGAUCGCCCUUCUGAAUGGAUAAUGGUUUUGUGUAAGUAUCUGGUUUAUUGGUGCUUUGAUAAUGGGCAUUAUUUGGAGUCUUUAAUGUUGGCUUCAUUUAGUUCUAUGUGAUUGUGAGUGUUGUUUUACUAUAUUUUAGUUGUUGGAUGAGUUUUUGAUUCAGGGCGUUGUUAUGUUCUUGUCUUAUUGAUGUUCUAAGUGAUCUAAAUUAUCUUUCAAGUGAGUUUGAUCGGAGUGUUGUGAGUGAUGCAAUAUGAAGUGGUGGUGAUGGGGGUUCUUGAGUUGUUAGUGGAAGUGAAGAAUUCUCUUUUUGAGUUCUCUGUACUGUGGUUGAGUUAUGUGGUGGUGUUAAUGCUACUGUGUCUACUGCUUCCUUAACUAAAAUGUUGAAUUUAUGUUUUGAUUUCUCUUUCACACUCACAGAACCGUAUGCAAAUAUACUAGCAAAUAGUACCAACUCACAUUUUUUGAUAGAAUAGGCCAACUGGUUGAAACUGUCAAGGGGGAAUGAGGGUUCGAAGCUUGGCCAUAUGGGUGAAGAAGCACAUUUUUGCCAAUAACUUGGUCACUUACUCUACAUGCCUUCCCAACAAUGGAGGAUGUUUUAAGUAAUUGGUGUGUGUAUAUAUAUAUUUGAUGAAAUAAUGUAAUUUUGAAGUA